GGACGGCUAGCUGCACGGCUGAAUGAGCUAGUACUAGCAGUAGUUAGUGGCUAUGGUAGCUAACCCCCAACAACAAGUAAAGAUCUCUAUUCAUCAGAAAACUCUGAAGAAACUCAAACAGCCAGAAGACUGGGAAAACCAGAAAUAUGUUCUUUAUAAAAUAUGAUCCUGUCUCAUCAAAAUCAAAGUUGUGUUUUUGUGUUGUAAUCAGUGAGGCCUGGCACCCAGAAACACUUCCCUUCGGCAGCAGCUAUCAUUUUUCCAACUCUUAUCUUACUUGUGAUCUGAUAAACACUAAAUUCAUCAAAUUCAGUGCCCCAUGUUGCUAUUUUCCAAGCUAAGUUACUGUAGCUGUCAUACACCAUCAGCACACCAGCAAGAGGAUGAGGAGGUGCUCACAAGAACUGGCUGCUCCCUUUUGGCAGGCAUCUGGAAGUUAGCCAAUCAGAAGAUAAUGGGCUUAUAUGGUGCCUUAAAGAGACAGGCGUUAAAACAACUUGUUUCAGACAGGAUGAACUGAGGGGCUGAAUAAGGGCCAAUAUAAGAUAAAUAAGGAGUUUUUUAAAAACUGUGAAUUAUGCAAAGUUAAUCGAGUGCGGUCCCAGAAUAGAAAUAUAGAGCUGUAAAUUAGCACAAUAGGUCUCCUUUAAUCUGGGAUCUACUGCGAUGAAGAGAUGAUGAUCAUUUACACACGUAGUUUGACAUUUAACAUUCUAUUACAUUACUAAAUAAUACAUUUGAAUACUUACAAGUAUGAUCAUUGUGGUCUAAUACACACAUUGGCAAUAGAUCUGAUUAACAUUGCUGAAACAAUUCUUUGGAUCUGAAAAGUAAAGUUAAGAUGUAUAAUAAUAGAACAUAGAUAUUUUGAUUACCUGUUAAAGGGCCAUGUGAAGAUGAAUUAGAGAUUAAUAUUGAUGAUUAAUUAAAGUUCAGUUCAUUUCACUUUGCAUUUAGAGGUUUUGGUUUUGAGGAUUAGAGCUUUUUAGAAUUUAUUUUUUAUUUGCAUUCUAGUCUUGUGUUUAUUUCUGUAUCUCGUAAGGCUGACAUUGACAUUCAGUCGCCACUGACCCCCCUCACCCCUUCAAGUGGAUGACUUUCCCUUCUCACAGCCACCACAGUCACUCACACCACACACGCGCAAAGAAGGAAAAUGUCGAGACGUAUCUGCGCCAACACUGCAAUAUUGCAACUCCUGGAACAUGCAACGUUGAUUGAACCCUGAAGUUACGGGACCAACAGGACACAUCAGGAAUUUGCGCUUAAAUGGAUCCCAGAAGCAACAGCUCUGAAAAGGCACCAGAUGAGGAUGGAGAAGUGCAUGGACAUUUUGCGCUCAUCAGAGCUGGGAUUUUGGGUUUGAUUUUUGUGCUCGCAACAUGUGGAAAUCUCUUCUUCUUAGGCACACUUUGGAAGAAGCGAAAAAGAAACACGAGGACCCAGCUGUUCCUACUGCACUUGUGCUUGGCGGAUCUGGUGGUCGCAUUCUUCCAAGUCCUACCGCAAUUUCUCAUUGAAAUUACGCACAGGUUCCGAGGCACAGACUUCCUGUGCCGGUCCGUAAAAUACUUGCAGGUGGUUGGGAUGUUUGCCUCCACGUACAUGAUGGUGGCUAUGACCAUAGACCGGUACCAUGCGGUUUGUAAGCCGAUGGUUUCCUUCUUAAAGGGUUCAUUUAGGAGAUACCUCUCCAUAGGCGCAGCGUGGCUGAUCUCCCUCGCCUUCAGCUCUCCUCAGCUCUUCAUCUUCUCUCUCCAGGAGGUGGAGGAGAACCAGUACGACUGCUGGGCGACAUUUAUAGAACCGUGGGGGAGCAGGAUCUAUAUCAGCUGGAUCACCCUGUCGGUGUAUGCCCUGCCUGCCGUCAUUUUGCUCUAUUGCCAGUUAAGAAUAUGCACAACAAUCUACUUCAACAUGAAGAGAAAGGCGCUGCAGGCCAGGCGCACGGGCACGAAUGGGGUGUCCAACGCGAAGUUGAAGACUGUGAAAAUGACAUUUGUGAUUAUAAUGACUUAUACGGUGUGUUGGAGCCCAUUCUUUGUUGUGCAGUUAUGGUCUGCAUGGAGCCCCAGCAGUGCGCCCACUAAAGGUCCAGUGUUUGCAAUCAUCAUGCUGCUGGCCAGUCUCAACAGCUGCACCAACCCUUGGAUAUAUCUCUACUAUAGCUAAAAUCAUUUUUAAAAAAAGAGGCAAAGCUUUAUGAACUAAUACUUAUAUGGAUGUUUCAUAUCAAGGCAUAGAUACAAGCCUGGGCCUGAUGAAGUCUGGAUGGGUCAUCUGGAUGAGGAUACCUGACACCCAGAAAACCCCCAAAAAAGUUCAGCAUAGAUCUUGUGUUUCAAUCUGUGUUAGCUGUUGUGUAAUGCUCUUUCAUGAGCACUAUGGCCACAAGCAAAUUUGUAAAAAAUAAUAAAGAGGACUGAAAUUCAUUGUGUCAUCACUUUCAUGCUACAAAUUCUGACUGUAUAUGAGUAUUAGAUUGAAUUUCUGUUGGUAUUUUACAGUAUUUUGUGAGUUAAUACUAUGUUUUCAAUGUUCUGACAAAUAAAACAUUAAUUGUGCAUUAAAGAAAACAUACUGUAUAUGUUUUUGCAGAAUAGUUUACAGCUGUGAAACAAGCUAAGACAUAUUCCUUGUUUAAUGCAUAUUUAAAUAUGGCAGCGUAAGUAUCUUUUCCUCCAGGAGUAACGAUACUUGCGCAGAGCACAACACUGUCUUUCAUUCAGUUCUGGAGCAAAUUAUGUGCAAAGCCUUUAAAAAAAAUACCCAUUAAAAAGCCACACAUAUUUGUACUUAUUUUAACUAUAAUGUAAACUGCACACAUGAGCUACCCGCAUCGCUUCCUUUCGCUUUGCCUUUUUGUAUGAUCACAAAUAAACACAGCUAUUCCUGAUUUUCAAUCUAAUAAAUAAAUAAUUUUUUGCCUACAAUACGUAGAGCAGCAUUUGUUUCGGUAGCAGAGAUGUAAAGCACCUGUUGGAAUUUGUUACUACUCUGCUCCUAAAGAGAUCAUCUGAGGAACACAGUGAGAUUAAGUGUUUUCAUUUUUGAAAAUGCUUUUAAAAUGGACAUUAAUAAAAAGACGGCUGUA